AUGCUGGCGACGCUCGGUCCAGACGCUAUCAACGAGGCGAAGUUCUCGACGUGGUCCACCAAGCUCGUGGUGCUCGGCCUGCUUUGGGACACCAAGUCAAGAACAGUGUCUAUGCCUAGCGGCAAGGUUGCCAAGGCGCUAUCGCGUCUCCGGGAGGUCAUUGUGGCAGCUCGGGCUACUCGCCACCAGCUUGAAAAACUCUUGGGCUCCCUGCGUCACAUCAGCCUGUGCUACCGGUCGGCUCGGGCUUUCUUCCAGCGUCUUCAUGCUAUCUGGCCUCGUUUUGGGCCGGUUCGUAUAUCUACCAGUGUUCUCCAAGACCUGCUGUGGGUUGAAUCCCUCCUACAGCACGACGCCAUGAACGGAAUUUCAACGAGCCUCCUUGCUGGAACGUCGGAGCCCUGUGUGCACCUGUUCAUGGACGCGAGCGACUCCGGCCUUGCGGUGCUCUAUCCAGCGAUUCGCGAGUACAUUCGGGUGCAGUUUGACUCCGCCGAAACUCAAGUUCUCCGCGCGACCACAGAGUUCAGCAUCAACACGCGCGAGCUGAUCAGCGCCGUGCUCGCCGUCCUGGUGUGGGGGCCUAUGUGGAAGCGUGUGCCGGCCGAUAUCAAGCGCCCUAUUCACGUUCGGUGCUGGAUCGACAAUUUAUCUGCUACGGCGUGGAUCGCCCGUCAUCGAGCAUGCCACCCGGCGGGACAGGAACUACUCCGUGUACUCUCCUGCGCAGAGGUUGAAUUUGGGCUGCACGUUUCCGCUGUUCACAUCCCCGGGGCGCAGAACACGCUUGCCGACAUGGGGUCUCGAGCUUGGUCCGGCACAGGACUUCGUGAUUGGUCUAACAAGAUGUCGUCGUGGUGCGAACAGGUCGUACCCCCGCGUUUUCGC